AAAAGGGAGGCUAAUGUCUGCUUGUAGGAAUAUAAAACAGCCCCUGUGCAGCACAGUUGAUCUUCACUGACACCCUGUGCUCUGACAGCACUGAUUAAGACUGCUUGAGAUCUUCACAAUGUUGUAGAAUCCUGACCAGGACGUUCCUCUUUGACCCAGUGUAUAAAAUGGCUUUAGUCGCUGCAUUUCUUUUUCUUCUCCCUGCCUCAUGGGCUUGUGCCCCACAAAAAGCUGAUUAUAUCAUGAUUUCCUGUUUCCCAAAUGCCAUCAUCGCAAAUGUUCCUGAGUGCCCAUACGGGUGGGAAAUAGGACAGCUGUCUUUGGGUGGUGUAUGCUACACGGGUGUCAAUACUCCUGGCUUCUACCGCUUUACCAUACCUGAUCUCACACCCAAGAAUCUCUCGUACUGUGCCACCUUGUCUGAGUAUGUUGGAGGCAAAGAUCCGAAAUACAUUUUCUACAACUCUAUAGUCUCCAAUGACUCGUCACUGACAGUGCGGAACCAGCCUGUUAACUACACCUUUAGCUGCACAUACAGGGCGGCUUACUUGGUCAAUAAUGCAGUCUUCAGUCAGAGAGUGGCAACGGUAUAUGUCAACAAUGGGAGUUUAGGUUCUUUUAAGUCUCAAUUGUCUAUGAACGUGUUCACAAACUCUAAGUUCCUGUAUGCUAAAGAUGCUCCAUAUGUGAUUGACACAUCGGAAAUUGGCUCGGAGGUCUUUAUCGGCAUCGAAGCAAAAGGACUGAGUAAUAGAUUCAAGGUAGUUAUAACAAAUUGCUGGGCAACACCAACUCCUUAUUCAACAGACAAGAAGAGAUGGAGCUUAAUUCUCAAUAGCUGUUCAUCAGAUAAUACGGUGACCAUAUUUGAGAACGCCAAAGACAGCCGUUCAAUGUUCAAGUUCAAUUCGUUCCGGUUUCAGCGACUAGAGAAAGUGUCCACUGUUUGGCUUCACUGUGAGGUUCAAGUGUGUGAUGGUGAAAAGCUCUACUGUCAGCCGACUCCAUGUACAUCUCGGAGUGUCAAAUCUGAACCAGAUCCACAUGGAGGUGUCUUAACAAUGGAGUUUCAAAUCAAAGCACAACAUUCUUCCAGUUACACACAUCUCGCAGGAACAUUUCUGAGCAUGUUGUGUGUGUUUCUUCUUAAUGCAGUUUUAAGUUAUACCAGUUUGUAAAAGACGUUUAUUGUCGGUGGGUAUAAAAUGUGCCCACUUUUCAAAACACGCUUACACUCAUGCACACACACACACACACACACACACACACACACACACACACACACACACACAUAGAAAACAGCCAUACAAGUGUCUCAGGGAGUGUAAGACACUUUCCUCCUAAACGCUU